AUGACCAGUCGAAGAAAGAACACCAGCAUUGUGUUCAACGGUACAAACAACCAAAUACAUCACCUGCCCUUGGAUGAAGUGUGGGUGAACGCUGUAGUUGUUGAUGUAUCGGCCAAGAUCAUCAUUACACAUAUAUUUUCCAAUCCAUCUGAGGACUCCACUGGUCGAGCGAAGUAUGUCUUCCCUGUUCCGGCGCGAUCGGCCGUAUGUGGAUUCGCCAUGAAGACGUCGGAUGGGCGUGAAGUGGUUGGGGUAGCGAAGGAGAGUCAAAAGGCGGAAGACGAAUAUAGGCAGGCUCUCGAAGAAUCCAAGGUAGCGGGGCUAGUACAGUGGGGUGCAGACGACGGGUCGAUCCCUGCUCGUGGGGUAGUCGUCACAAAGAUAACGCUCGUGAUGCACCUUAUGGACGACGACCAUCCGAAUGAGAUUCGCUUCCAGCUUCCAAUGUCGGUCGGGACCAUGCGAUACGGUACCCCGCACCCCAGCACAAUGAAUUCCCUCCGUGCGCCACCGCAUACCAGCCUACGCAUCGCCGUAAAAAUCCAAACCAGCGGGUUAUUAGAGAGCGUCUCCAGUCCUAGUCACACCAUCGCCCUCACACCCCAUCGUACACACCACGGACAACAUUCCAACCGUCGCACUACGGCCUCCCUUCGUUCGUCGGAGUUCCUAAACUCGGAUUUCGUGCUGAUCAUCCGGGCAGAAGGACUCGAUGCGCCCAGGUGUUUCGCGGAACUGGACGAUCCGGGUUCUGAGACUCGGGCAAGGACGACGGCGGGUGAGGACUCGAAGCCGACGGUCGCGGUACAGUUGACGGUCGUACCGAAGUUUGGAAUUCAGCCGUUACCUGCGCAGGAGUAUCUCUUCUUGGUGGAUAGGAGUGGGAGCAUGCAAGGCGGCAGGAUAGAGACGGCCAAGGAUACGUUGAUCAUGCUGCUGAAAGCCAUUCCGUCGAGCGGCGCGGCCCUCAAUAUCUUCAGUUUCGGGAGUCAAUGUACGGGUCUUUGGCAGAAUAGUGAGGCAUACAGUCAAACCUCCGUAGAUCAAGCUACGACACAUACUCAGAGCAUGCAGGCAAACUGUGGCGGAACGGAGACGCGUCUUGCCUUAACACAUGUAUUUUCCCGACGGAAACGAAGCAUGCCUACUGUCAUAUUCAUCCUUACAGAUGGAGAGGACCAUGACAUCGAACAGACGCUCAAGGCUGUUGCUACCGCCGUGGCACAAAGUACUCCAUCAGCCCCUCUCCGCAUCUUCGUUCUCGGUAUUGGGAACACAGUAUCCACUGCCAUGUGCGAAGGGAUUGCUCGCGCCGGGAAUGGCCUUUGUCUGAUGGCUCUGAACUCCACAGAGAUCGUAGGCAAGUGCGCGCAGCUCCUACGUGCAGGUCGCACUCGCCUCCUCAAGGGCGUCACCAUCGAUUGGGGAGUGACCGAAGAGGCGGACCUAAACACGAAUUCUUUCCGGCGUAUACAAUUCCCACCUCCUCCUUUCAUUCGACAGACACCCUCCGUCAUCCAGACACUGUAUCCCGGCCUACGUCUCGUCGUCUACGCCAUCCUCCAGACCGAUAAGAUUCCGUCCACUGUCACGAUCAAAGGAACGCUCGGCGAUGGUCAAGAAGUCCUCAACCUCUCUGUACCCGUCGAACCCAUCCGUCUUUCCCUGCCCUCCCCCUCUAGUCGAGCUCGUAGCGCUGCCAAGGCGAUGCUCAUACACACGCUGGCUGCUCAUCGCCUCAUUCAGGACCUGCAGGAAGGACGAGGACCAAUGCCGGGGGGCGCUAUUGGAGGCCAGUCGAACACGAAGGCGGCGAUAGUAGAGCUGGGAGCGAGAUACCAGCUCGCAAGCGAGUAUACGUCGUUUGUCGUCGUCGAUUCUGGAGUGGUCCGGACUAGACAAGCACAAGAAAGGCAUGGAAGAGGUGUAGAGGCGAGUGCACCGGAAAGGCAUGGAAGAAGUGGGCUGGCCGGUAGUCGACGGCAACGACGACAAGAACGGGAUGAUCCAAACGAAUGGAUCGAUGUCCCUGUAAAUGAACCUGACGAUGCUCAGGACUCGGGUUACGUUUCGUGGGCGCUCGGUGCUGUGUGGAGUCGGCUCUCAUGGGUCCUAGGAUAUGGACAACCCGCAACGACCAAUGCCAGACAGCACGCGAGAAGAGAGACUGCGGCUUCUGAGAGAGCUGACGAUGACUCUGCAGGUGUGGACCACGAUGAUGAAUCAGACGAUUCACAUCCGGGGGAGGAUUACGAUAGUGCAGCCACGUACUCGACGAUGAGCUCCUUGGAGAGUUACUCCAGCCGUGAGAGCUCUCCUGGAAGAUCCAGACCUCAUCGUCGUCGUCCAGUCGUCGAACCUUCUCCACCUCCGUCGCGGCCACCAUCCGAAAGCCGUAGUCCAUCGCCAGAAAUACAACCCAAUCGUCCUGCAUCGGGCGGCUUGCACGAUGCAGGUUCUUCCUCUCAGAACCCCGCUCCACUGCAACGCGAUAUUCACGUUCCAGUGAUUGACCUCGUGAAGCUACAAGCUUUCGAUGGAUCGUUUGUCCUUGGUCGAGACUUGGAGAGAAUCGUAGGCCCAGCGGCAGUGAACGAAUGGGGCGACAUGGGGGAUGUGGAGAGCGAGGUGUGGGCCACCGCACUGGCUGUGGCGUUUCUGGAGAAACACUCGUCUGGGCAAGCAGAGCUCAUCGAGUGCUUGAAGGAUAAAAUCAUGGAUUAUAUCGAUGGAAAGCCGCAGAUGGAGUGGGCUGACUUUCUGGCGUUGAUUUGGUAUGCGAAUGUCGUCCAUGAAACAAGUCCGAACUUGAAUCUCGCAUCCUUUUGUAUGGACGAAAACGUCAUUUCGGUGUAA